AAAUUAAUAUAAGUAGUAUAGUAUUGCUGGUGUAGCUUUGAGGAAGUUUCAAAAUGUUUUCAGGGGUGAGCGGAAUCCUCAACAGAGGCCAAAAGCUCAGAGGGACAGUGGUGUUGAUGCGCAAAAAUGUGUUGGACUUCAACAACAUUGCUGAUAUCGGCACCGGAAACCUCGGAGGAGUCAUUGGCACCGGGCUCAACGUCAUCGGUUCAACCGUUGAUGGCCUUACUGCCUUCUUGGGUCAUAGCGUCGCCCUCCAGCUGAUCAGUGCCACCAAGGCUGAUGAGAAUGGAAAAGGGAAAGUUGGAAAGGACACAUUUUUGGAAGGCAUCAUUGCCUCGCUACCAACCUUGGGAGCAGGAGAGUCUGCAUUCAACAUUCACUUUGAAUGGGACGAUAGCAUGGGAAUUCCUGGUGCAUUUUACAUAAAGAACUACAUGCAAGUUGAGUUUUUCCUCAAGAGCUUAACUCUUGAAGAUGUCCCAAACCAUGGAACCAUCCGUUUUGUUUGCAACUCUUGGGUUUACAACUCAAAACUUUACAAAUCCCCACGCAUUUUCUUUUCCAAUAAGACAUAUCUUCCAAGUGAAACACCAUCUCCACUAGUGAAGUACAGAGAGGAAGAGUUGAAGAUUUUAAGAGGAGAUGGAAAAGGGGAGCGCAAGGAAUAUGAAAGGAUCUAUGAUUAUGAUGUCUACAAUGAUUUGGGUAAUCCAGAUCACGGCGAAAAUCAUGCUCGACCGAUUCUUGGAGGGUCUAGCACCCAUCCAUACCCUCGCAGGGGAAGAACCGGUCGAUAUCCAUCAAGGAAAGAUCCAAACUGUGAGAAACCAGGGGAAGUUUAUGUUCCAAGAGAUGAAAACUUUGGUCACUUGAAGUCCUCAGAUUUUCUUACAUAUGGAAUCAAAUCUUUAACUCAAUUUGUGUUACCAGCUUUCGAAUCUGCGUUCGAUAUGAAUUUCACUCCAAAUGAGUUUGAUAACUUCCAAGAUGUGAGAGACCUUUUUGAAGGUGGAAUUAAGCUUCCUUUAGAUGUAAUCAGCACAAUUAGCCCCUUACCAGUUAUCAAAGAACUCUUCCGUACUGAUGGUGAACAGUGCCUCAAGUUUCCACCACCUCACAUCAUUCAAGUGAGUAAGUCUGCAUGGAUGACUGAUGAAGAAUUUGCAAGAGAGAUGCUUGCUGGUGUAAAUCCUUGUGUUAUUCGUGGUCUUCAAGAAUUUCCUCCGAAAAGUAAUCUGGAUCCUACAAUCUAUGGUGAUCACACCAGUAAGAUAACCCCAGAAGUCCUGGAGCUAGAUGGGUGCACACUGGAUGAGGCACUUGCUAGUGGGAGGCUAUUUAUACUAGAUUACCAUGACAUAUUCAUGCCAUAUCUUAGAAAGAUAAACCAGACUAAUGCCAAGGCUUAUGCCACCAGAACUAUUCUUUUCUUGAAAGAAAAUGGAACUUUGAAGCCACUGGCCAUAGAAUUGAGUUUACCUCAUCCUGAUGGAGACAAAUCAGGCGCUGUUAGUCAAGUCAUUUUACCUGCAAAAGAAGGUGUUGAAAGUACUAUUUGGCUACUAGCUAAAGCUUAUGUGGUUGUGAAUGAUUCCUGCUAUCAUCAACUCAUGAGCCAUUGGUUAAACACGCAUGCUGUGAUCGAGCCGUUCGUUAUAGCAACACACCGGCAGCUUAGCGCGCUUCACCCGAUUUAUAAACUUCUAACUCCUCAUUAUCGCGACACCAUGAACAUCAAUGCACUUGCUAGGAAUGCUUUGAUUAAUGCUGAUGGCAUAAUAGAGAGAACUUUUUUGCCCAACAAGUAUUCUGUGGAAAUGUCUUCAGCAGUUUAUAAGAAUUGGGUUUUCCCUGAUCAAGCACUACCUGCUGAUCUUAUCAAAAGAAAUGUUGCUGUUAAAGAUUCAUCUGCUCCACAUGGACUUCGACUUCUGAUAGAGGACUACCCGUAUGCUGUUGAUGGACUAGAGAUAUGGGCUGCUAUCAAAACAUGGGUCAAAGAUUAUGUCUCAUUGUACUAUGCAACAGACAAUGAUGUCAAAAAUGACUCUGAACUCCAACAUUGGUGGAAAGAAGCUGUGGAGGUAGGUCAUGGUGAUUUGAAAGACAAGCCAUGGUGGCCUAAGUUGCAAACACUUGAAGAGCUCAUUGAAACUUGCUCUAUCAUCAUAUGGACUGCAUCGGCGCUCCACGCAGCAGUUAAUUUUGGGCAAUAUCCUUAUGGAGGUUUUAUCCUUAACCGUCCGACUAUGAGUAGAAGAUUGCUUCCUGAGAAAGGAACUGCAGAAUAUGAUGAAAUGGUGAAGAGUCAUCAAAAGGCUUAUUUGAGAACAAUCACACCAAAGCUUCAGGCUCUCAUUGACCUUUCAGUGAUAGAAAUCUUGUCCAGGCAUGCUUCUGAUGAGGUCUACCUUGGAGAAAGGGAGAAUCCACAUUGGACCUCUGAUGAAAGAGCUUUACAAGAAUUUGAGAAGUUUGGAAGUAAGCUGGCAGAAAUUGAGGCAAAACUUGCUAAGAAGAACAGUGAUGCGAAUCUGAGGAAUCGAAUCGGGCCGGUUGAAUUGCCAUACACUUUGCUUCAUCACAAAAGUGAAGAAGGGUUAACUUUUAGAGGAAUUCCUAACAGCAUCUCUAUCUAAAGAUAGAACCUUGUGGUUUCUUUUACAUCCUAUUGCAGUAUACCAUCCAAUAAAGAGAUGCAAGACUAGUAGUCAAAUAAUCUGCAUCUUAUCUAUGUUUUUGUAUAUUUAAUAAAUGCUGUAAUUUGAAACCUCCAGCUCCAUCUGGUUUGCAAUAA